AUGCCUCCUCUCCCAUUUACGAAGGAAGAGGUCUUAGCCACAGGCGUCAUCGACCCCGAGUUAGAGGCAGCUCUCAAGGCGAAGCCAAUCCCUCCUGGCAGUGCAUAUACGCUUGAGCAGUUGAAAGAGAUCAACGAAGUCGCUCUGCCGUGGCACCAGGAGCGAUUGAUGCAAAGCAAGCCGGCGAAUAUUACCGAGUACGAACGGCAAUUACCUGUGGGUGGUGGACAUACGGCUAGGUUGAUCGUAUGCCAGAGAUCCAGUCCCAGUAAAGCAGCGAACAGGCCUCUAGUAGUUCUGCUCCACGGCGGAGGGCACUGCGUGGGCAAUCCAGAGUCUGAGGUUCCCCUUGCUCGUCGCCUCGCGCUAGAACUUGAUGCUGUUGUGGUACUCCCGACUUACCGGCUCGCCCCAGAGUUCCCAUUUCCUGCAUCUAUCAACGAUUCAUGGAACAUUGUUCAGCAUCUGGCAGCAGAGGCAGACCCGUCUCGCAGCAUAAAGUCACGCAUACUUCCUUCACAGUGCGACCCAAGACUUGGGUUUAUCGUCGGGGGUACCAGUGCGGGCGCCAAUUUAGCAGCGUCAAUCACGCAUUUGGCCCGUGAUAGCAAUUUAACACCCUGCCUGACAGGCCAGAUGUUGAUAGCUGGGACUUUUAUCAGCCCGCAACAUGUGCCGAUUCAAUAUUCACCCUUCUAUCUUGCACGUGAUCAAAACAAAAAUGCACCAAUCUUGGACCUAGACCUGUACAAUCUGUUCCAGACUGCGUUCAAACCCGACCAUAUGUCGCCUCUGUGGGCUAUCUUCGAUCAACGUCACCCCCUGGAUGCAAAUACCGAAGACGGGGGCAGUACUGGAGUACGCCACGGGCACCUCAAUCUGCCACCAGCUUAUUUUCAAAUAUGUGGUCUCGAUAUUGGUCGGGAUGACAGUCUCAUCUAUGAGCGUGUCUUACGAGAGGAAAGCAACGUCUCCACCAGGGCAGACUUGUAUCCUGGAUUCAGCCAUUGCUGGUGGAGUUUGUUUCCAGAGUUGGGAAUGUCGAAGAGGAGGGAAGACGAUGCAGUUCGGGGGGUUGCAUGGUUACUUUCAACGCCCAGCGUCCGAUAA